UCGCUGAGAAGUGUGUUUUGUUGCUGCUCAAGACAUAAAAGCAAGAUUUAUCACAGAAAAACCUGAAUGGUUGCUCCAGACUGAGAAGCCUGAUUGGUACCAGUACCAAUAAAUAAAUCAUGGGACAAGUUAAUUACUUGUAUCUAAUUAACAAUAAUAAUAAUUAGCACUUAAUGAAAAAAAGUACUAGUAGAGUGGCAAAACUACUUCAUUUUAUAGAUCAGAUGUUAUAACGGCUUGCCAUAGGCUCAGCCCCGAUGAGAGAAAGAGAGGGAGAGGAAAGAGAGACGCUCCUUCAUCUUCAUCCGAGCUCGAGCGAGAUACUCACGGACUCAAAGACGAUGGAUUACAAACUCUGAAUAUUUGACAGUAACAGCAGAUCCUAUCUGUUGCUCAUUUCAACGUCAUAUACUGACGCACUUAUUACUUUUUUUGUAAUACAAUAGCUACACAAACAAUAGCCUGACUUUACUUUGAUUUAAGCGCAAUGAUUUGUUCGUUUGCAAUAUACGACGCAAUAUAGAUUUAAAGUUUUUAAUUUUUUUUGUUGCUAAAACAUCUUUUAAACAAUGGACUUAAUAUACUUCAGUGUUUUACUUAUGACUCUCCUGAGCGUUUUUCAGGUUCGUAGUGACAUGGUAUCACCGUCAAAACAUCCAGGUCUGCAGGUUCUAGCCACAGCUUCACACUACUGGCCCCUGGACUCAGUGGAAGGGAUUCACGGCCUUUCGGACCAAAUUGGGAACAGAACAGGUCAUGUUAAUGGGACUAAUAUAACUGUCAGAAUCCACAACCACACUGUCCUGACUACCCAUAAUUCUUCUUCUGUGUAUACCAAUGACUCUGCCUACACUAACAUUUCCGCCACUGUAGACAUUGUAGAAGGAAUGGUGAAUAGAGGCAUCUAUCUGAACGGCGAUAACGGGGCCACUUUCCUUCACUUUGGCAACUAUAAGGACUCCUGCAUUAGUGAUCCUACUCUCUGCGGACCUGCUGGGAUAACGUUCUCCUUCUUCUGGAAAAACAAUGACGACGAGUCUCGUUUUGCGAUCGCAUCCGGAGGUAAAGUCAUCUCAAGCGGUUUCUCAGUCUACUCAAAUCCUUAUGGCGGAUAUGUGGAGUUCUACACCAGAGGAGACUUCAAGACAUGGAAAGCAAAUAUCGAACUCCCAGGGCCCUACUGGACACAUGUGCUCUUCACUUGGACCCAAGCAGAGGGGUUAAAGGUCUACAUUAAUGGGACGUUCAAUGUCGGAGACCCCACAGGAAAGAUUGCACCGAACUAUGGUGAUCAAUAUGCCGACCUGGUCAUUGGCACAGGAAACUUUGGGACAUACAAGCAGUAUGCCAAAGGGGCCUUUGAUGAAUUUGUGAUUUGGGAGAGGGCCCUGUCCCCUCAGGAUAUCUGGAUGUACUAUAAAGCAGCCAUUGGAGAAAAUAUGAUGUCCACCUUCCCAACCGAAGCAUCCAUCAAUGUCACUGCUGCCACAGAUACAGAGUUACAGAGAACCACAGAGACACCCAGACCUGCCUCCACAAAGUUAGCAGUGGAAGGUCAGAAACUUCAAGACCCCAUGCGAUUGCAAUCACUAAACCUCCUUCAGUCUCUUCAGACGUUUAGUCUACCAAACAAGACUAUACCUCAAGAAACAGCCAACAAUCUUACACAGUCUCUACUGAAGAGCGUGGAUGAGGUCAUAACUGCCAGCGACUGGAGAGAAAACGAAGAGUGGAGUCCUGUUGUCAGUGGGCUGGUGGAAACCGUGGAUAAGGUGAUGGUGCACAUGGCCUCCAAACUUCGGUCCGAUCCAGACUCCGAGUCUCCUCUGACCAUAGGGGGCAGGAGCUCAGUGGCAGAUUACUCUCUGAUGAAGAUCCCACAGAACCACAAUCUGGCCAACUACCGGUUUCCCACACAAGGGAAGAGUUACAUCUCAGUACCAGGGGAAGCUCUGACAAUGCAGUGUGAGUAUAACAGUAAUAAUACAAUAAUUAAGGCAACAUACCGACAAAAUGAACAAAUUUGCACGAUCAAUGAAGCAGUGGAUUUUAAAGAUCAUAAGAUCCAGAUGGCCAGUCAUCUCAUUUCUCUGAAGGUUGAACCGUCUCCUGCACUGUCACUCAAUCUGUCCAUUGAACCACUCAUCAGGAUCGUCCUCACACAUCAGCUGAGUAAAGAACAGCAGCUCCAGGCCUUGAACCAAAGUAAUAAAGUCUUCCUAUACUGUGCCUUCCUGGACUACAGCUCCAAAGAGGGUGUGUGGUCCAAUGAGGGGUGUGUGAGAGCUGAUGGAAACCUGUCCUACUCUAUUUGCUUGUGUAACCAUCUGACAAACUUCGCCAUCCUUAUGCAAGUGGUUCCCAUGAAGAUCUCAGAGGCUCACCGGAUGGCGCUGUCGACCAUCAGCUACAUUGGCUGCUCUAUCUCGAUUUUCUGCCUGGCCAUUACACUGGUCACCUUUGCCGUUCUGUCGUCUGUGAGCACCAUCCGAAACCAGCGCUACCAUAUUCAUGCAAAUUUGGCAUUUGCAAUAUUAGUCGCUCAGAUCCUUCUGCUCAUCAGUUUCCGCUUUACUCAUGGCACGCUCCCAUGUAAGAUUAUGGCCGUGUUGCUGCAUUUCUUCUUCCUGUGCGCGUUUUCCUGGAUGCUGGUCGAAGGGCUGCAUCUCUACAGUAUGGUGAUUAAAGUUUUUGGCUCAGAGGGCAGCAAACACUUUUAUUACUAUGCCAUUGGAUGGGGCUGUCCUUUAGUCAUAUGUGUGGUGUCUAUGACCUCGUCACUACACAGCUAUGGAGAAGAUGACAAUUGCUGGCUGUCUCUCAAAAAUGGGGCGAUUUGGGCUUUUGUAGCUCCUGCACUGUUUGUUAUAUUGGUGAACAUUGGCAUUUUGGUAGCUGUGACUCGAAUCAUAUCCAGGAUCAGCGCUGAGAACUAUAAGGUUCAUGGAGACGCCAACUCUGUGAAGCUGACGACCAAAGCAGUGGCUGUUCUUUUACCUAUUCUGGGCAUAUCGUGGGUCUUUGGGGUUCUGGCGGUGAAUGAUCACUCUCUGCUUUUCCAGUACAUGUUCGCAGUGUUCAACUCUCUUCAGGGGUUCUUCAUAUUCCUGUUUCACUGUCUGUUAAACUCUGAGGUGAGAGCAGCUUUCAAACACAAAACCAAAGUGUGGACUUUAACCAGCAGCUCAAUCCGCAACAUAAACGUCAAACCAUUCAACUCAGACAUUAUGAACGGCAACAAGGGCGGGAUGUCUCCCACAAAGAUGAACACUUGGGACAAAAGCACCAACUCAGCCAACCGCAUAGAUCUGUCAGCAGUAUAAUACAUUCAGAUCCAAAAGAGCGCAGGAGGACAACAGCACAGCGCUUCCUGUAGAAAAACACGUGCCUUGCAGUAUUGCAUCGUAAACAGACUCCAAAUGAUGAAAUAGUUACUUGCAGCUAAUUGUAGAAUAGUGCACUCACAACACAAAGUUCUCUGAUGUCAUUUCCUCCUGCUGAUGAUCUCUUUAUUGUGAACUGGUUGAAGACACAAGGCCCGUUGUUAGGAAGAAGAAGAAUAUGACUUUUUUUUCUUUAUUCAGUAAUAAUGUGGCCUGCUGAGGACUAACUAACUCUUUUAGACACAAGAACCUGUACUUUACCAGCGUUUCCUUGCUCGGAGUGUUUGGACAACACAGCAGACCUGCGCUACAUUUGGACCACUGUUUGGCCGACUUUUAAAGAGGCGAAUCCUCCAGUCUGGAGAGUCUCCACUUUAAGGACUCAGGCAAGACGUGAAGCAGUGGCUUCUAUUAAGUCCUGUCCAUCUGGCACUGCAGUUCCUGCUAUUACUUUUAAUUAGAUGCAAUACUGGUGAAUUUCUGUCGGCUUUUUCCUCAUUAUUGUGACAUUUCUCUUUUUUUAUUGUCAAUGGCACUUUAUUGUAACCAAGUAGGGUACAAAUGGGGACUGAAAUAUUAGACUUGUCAACAACAGUUCAGGCAAAAGAGGGGAAAAACAUUCACAAAAGGAAUGCGGCCAGCCUUAGGAGGUCAAUGUGUGACUCAUUCUGGAAUAGCAGUACAUUUCAAACAUUUUCCAUUAUUUUUGCUUGAACUGAAAUGAUAUACAUCAAAAGUAUAAUUUAAUGCUUUUCUUGCUU